GAUGGUGCCGGCGGAACGUUUGACGCUGUCGACAUUUUCUACACGGACGCUAUUGUACAAGGAACCAGAAACCACGGCGCUGGCAAAAUGGAAGUGAAAAACGCCAACGCUGCCAUGCUCAGUAACUACGAGGUGUUCAAACUCCUGACAGACCUGAAGGAACAAAGGAAGGAGAGUGGGAAGAGCAAGAACAGCUCUGGGCAGCAGAACUUGAACACCAUCAUGUAUGAGACGCUCAAGCACCUGUCGAAUACGCCUUGCAGCAGACAGAGCCCAGAGGUGGUGCAAGAGUUCCUCACCACCAUGAUGCCUCAUAAACUCACCAAGGCUGAGAAACUGCAGCUGCUGAACCACCGGCCGCAGACAGCAGUGGAAAUUCAGCUGAUGGUAGAGGAGAGUGAAGAGCGUUUGUCAGAGGAGCAGAUCGAGGAGCUCAUCCAGACGGUCGCAGACAUUCUACCUGGUGACCCUGAACAGCUGAAUGCUGCACCAGCAGAAGCAGCGAUGGAUGAACAGUCAUGACGCUGUGAAAGGCCAGGAUUGACCCACAGGUGAAGAAUGGGACUGGUUGCUUUAUUUUUGCAUCACUGCUUGAACUGAAGAACGUCCUGACAGAGUGGAUGCAGAGUGGCUGCCUGGCCGUGGCUCACAGUACAUGGUUAUCACUAAAAUGCCUCAUUGAAUGAUUCAAAUGAAGGUGAAAAUACGCACAUUGUCGUCAUUUACUCAGUGUUGUGUACAUACAGCUGGACUCUGAACCCACGUGUGCACACUUUCAUGGGUACAGGUUUUUGAACAGUGACUUUUUUUGCUCCUGACUCGUCUGAUUUUUAUUUCACAGCAGAUAAUAUUUUGGCAGAGACAGUCUGCUAUUAAAGGGCCCAUAUUGUGUCAAAUACAUUUUCUGGGCUUUUACUAUCCGUAAUGACUUGAAGGGGACAGUAGGUGGCGUCACAGUAUGAAAACAGGAACUUUUUCACUCAGUCCAGGUGAAGAAAUAGGUUAUCGAAACAUCUCAUUUCGUACUUCCUCCCCCGUAUGAUGUCAUUCGGGGUCGCACUCGUCUCUCAGCCCGACCCAGCCAGUACCAGUCCAGCCUCGGAACCCACCAAACCUGAUCCCAGUCAGCACCACCACCCCUCCACACAGAAAGCCACACCAAGCAGUAGAAACUGAAGAAACACUGCAGCGUGGAGGGAUACAAGGAAGAGAAUGUGUCCGUGCACGUUCCUCCUCAGAGCGUUACUGUUUGAGACCAGCGGUUACGCUUUAAAUCCCUGAAAGGUGCAAAAUAUGGGCCCUUUAAGUGUUUUUUAUUCUUUGUUGCUUUAUGAUUUCAAAAUCUGUAAUCUAUCACAAUAUGUCAGUCAUGAAAUUAAACCUGCAUAUGUCUUAUUACAGUGGCUAUGUAAUAACAAGUAAACACCUGGGACCGAGAGGUGAUGGGUUGAAA